AUGUCUUCCUCGUUCAUCUACAACCGCCAACGUUCGCCCGUCCUGUUCGAGUCCCCGCCUACCCCGGACACCAGGGGCUCCGUCGGCAAGGCCAAGCGCAUCAAGCUCGAGCGCACCGACACGGCCAGCGCACGAUUCAACGACUUGCUCGAUUUCGUUGACGACCAGUCCUGCGAUCUCAACGACGACAUCGUCGAGGCAAAGUUUGCCUUGACGACUUCUUCAGUCCCGAUCGACUCGAACCGGGUGUACAAGCGAAUCUUUGGCCUCUACACCGACGCCGCCUCGGAGAUCCUCAUGAACAAGACCAUGUCGGCCGCUCGCUUCAACCAGCUGCGCACGCUGAUGCGGGAACUGAGGGGCUGGCUGGCUGGCAACGACGACAAGACCCUCACUCCACGAAACUCAUUUCUAAUGCACAGCACCGACACAACCACACCCUCACUCGACAACAUCACUCCUUGA